CGUGUAAGAAGGAACAGUAUUUCCAGAGCUCCACACUUCAUUGAAGCCUUCUAUCACUGCCAUGGGCAACCUACAAAAACCUCCCAAGUCUGCUUCAUGGAUGAUUUUGUCUUUGUGCUUCAAUUUGAUAGUGUCUACCAUAUUUUUCUUUAUAUUUGGCAGUCUGUAUCCCUGCUGUUCCGGGUACAAGUAUGUCCACAACAGAUUCCAGUGCUCCUUCUGCUCCUACCACAACAAGCUCAACCAGUGCAUCAAACAUCUCAGUUGCUCCGGUUACAAGUAUAUCCACGACAGACUCCAGUGCUCCUUCUGCUCCUACCACAACUAGCUCCACCAAUGCAUCAAAUACGUUUGGUGCUCCGGGUACGAGUAUGUCAACUACAGACUCCAGUGCUCCUUCUGCUCCUACUACAACUAGCUCCACCAGUGCAUCAAACACAUCUGCUGCUCUGGGUACGAGUAUAUCCACGACAGACUCCAGUGCUCCUUCUGCUCCUACCACAACUAGCUCCACCAGUGCAUCAAACACGUCUGCUGCUCCAGGUACGAGUAUGUCCAUGACAGACUCCAGUGCUCCUUCUGCUCCUACCACAACAAGCUCCACCAGUGCAUCAAAUAUGUCUGCUGCUCCAGGUAUGAGUAUAUCCACAACAGACUCCAGUGCUCCUACUGCUCCUACCACAACAAGCUCCAACAGUGCAUCACACACCUCUGCUGCUCCGGGCACGAGUAUAUCCACAACAGACUCCAGUGCUCCUUCUGCUCCUACCACAACUAGCUCCACCAGUGCAUCAAAUAUGUCUGCUGCUCCGGGUAUGAGUAUGUCCACGACAGACUCCAGUGCUCCUUCUGCUCCUACCACAACUAGCUCCACCAGUGCAUCAAACACCUCUGCUGCUCCGGGUACGAGUAUAUCCAUGACAGACUCCAGUGCUCCUUCUGCUCCUACCACAACUAGCUCCACCAGUGCAUCAAACACCUCUGCUGCUCCGAGUACGAGUAUGUCCACGACAGACUCCAGUGCUUCUUCUGCUCCUACCACAACUAGCUCCACGAGUGUAUCAAACACGUCUGCUGCUCCAGGUACGAGUAUGUCCACGACAGACUCCGGUGCUCCUUCUGCUCCUACCACAACUAGCUUCACCAGUGCAUCAAACACCUCUGUUGCUCCGGGUACGAGUAUAUCCACAACAGACUCCAGUGCUCCUUCUGCUCCUACCACAACAAGCUCAACCAGUGCAUCAAACACCUCUGUUGCUCCGGGUACAAGUAUAUCCACGACAGACUCCAGUGCUCCUUCUGCUCCUACCACAACUAGCUCCACCAGUGCAUCAAAUAUGUCUGCUGCUCUGGGUACGAGUAUAUCCACGACAGACUCCAGUGCUCCUUCUGCUCCUACCACAACUAGCUUCACCAGUGCAUCAAACACCUCUGUUGCUCCUGGUAUGAGUAUAUCCACAACAGACUCCAGUGCUCCUUCUGCUUCUACCACAACUAGCUCCACCAGUGCAUCAAAUACGUCUGCUGCUCCGGGUAUGAGUAUGUCCACGACAGACUCCAGUGCUUCUUCUGCUCCUACUACAAAUAGCUCCACCAGUGCAUCAAAUAUGUCUGCUGCUCCGGGCACGAGUACAUCCACAACAGACUCCAGUGCUCCUUCUGCUCCUACUACAACUAGCUCCACCAGUGCAUCAAAUAUGUCUGCUGCUCCGGGUACGAGUAUGUCCACUACAGACUCCAGUGCUCCUUCUGCUCCUACCACAACUAGCUCCACCAGUGCAUCAAACACCUCUUUUGCUCCCGAACCUCCCAAAGAUGCAAACAGAUUUCCUGCUUGGGCUAUUAUUCUGACCAGUAUCGCUGCUGCAGCUGCUUUUGGGGUCAUCGUUUGGCUGGUUUUCUACACACUAAGACCGGAGAAUUUCACCAGUACCUCGCUUCCUGUUUACCGGGAACACCACGUCCUCCACACUUUCUGAGAUCACCAUUAAGGAAGGAAUUCAACUUCUCAAUCUUCUGGCAAUAUAAGCUAACUAUGUGGAAUAACCUUCAGUUUUAGCAAUUGCCUUCUUUGGAGCCACCGCCACGGAUCUAUCCAUGAUGGGCUGUUGAUGUCUCUUACCUCCUUCAGCAUAGAAUGUGGGCUUCUUACCGAGUAUGUAAUGUCUCCUCUGGGAGCAGCAAAGGGAUACUUAAACAUUGGGUCCAAACAAGUGUCUUUGAAAGAAAUUUGAGACUGUUUGCUUGCUGUGUUUUUAUCAGCAAGUGAACAGGAAUUUAGGUCUGUCAACUAAGUCGUUUCUCAACCUGGAUAGAAGUGUGGAGAUUCAAAAUACAAAGAACCCAGGAGACUUGGGUUCAAUUCUGUACUCAGCUGUGAACAUCCCCUGGCUGAAACGAACCGGGAUUUCUUUGAAUGCCUGUGGAUAUCACUAUGGCCAAGCCAUAAAAUUAGAUGGAAAAUGGUGUUACUUUAAUAACAGGUUAGGCUACAAACCUAAAGGAAUACUUUCUCUUAAUUGUUCUAGCUUUACAUAUUUGAGCUAUGGAAUGUACAAUGUUAGCUAGAUGUAUUGUUAAAUUAAAAUAAUAAUUAUUACAUAUGACAUCUAAGCAAUACAUGGUUCUAUUGAUAUGGUCGAGUAAUCAAUAUUAUUUCCUGAUGUACUUGGAGCAUUAGAAAUAACUGGCUAAUGUUGAAGAAAGCAGAUGGUAGAUUAGGCUUCAAUACUUUUUUUGUGCAACACACCAAAAAAAUUUCCACUGUUCUUCCUCCUGCAAGCCCUCUAUCCUGGUAGUCUAUACUCAACAGUCCAUUCAGGACAUUCAGGACAUUCAAGAAGAGCAGCUAGAAUCAAGGAAUGGAUCCAUCACAGACACUAGAACUGUGGUCCCCAACCUUUUUGAGCUAGUUGGCACCUUUGGAAUUCUGACUCAAGGUGGUGGGCACAACCACAGAAUGGCCACCAUGCGGGGUGGAUCCACGCAAACAGGAAGCCCAAGUGCAGUAAACCAGUUGCUGAGGUCACUGUUUUAUGACCUACUCUAUUGAUUAGCUAUUAGUCAGUCAGUCAGACCUUGCUUACGUGCCACAUAACCUAAGGUUAUUAAGUUAACUCUAUUUCUUUGUUUGAGCACCACUAGAACACUAGAGAAAGCCAUGUGGCUAGUUAGAAAAUUAGCUGCAAGAUGCUGUCUUCUGUAAAUAUGCAACAGAGAAGUAUAGCUUGUUGUUGUAUUAUCCCACGUAACCCUCCCCUAAGCUAAUAAAGUAUUUUUAUACAAAAGCAA